UCUCGCGAGAGGUGGAUUUGAAAUGGCGGCGGGCGCGGCCUUCCGAGGCCCCGCUCGGCCUGGCUGAGGGCCGGGAGGCCUUAACGGAGAGGAGGACGGGGGGGUCGGGUCCGGAUUCGGGUCCGCCUCCGUCCGGCCCCCCUUUCGCGUGUCUCCGCAGGCCGGGAGGCUCCGCUCGCAUGGAGCAGCUGCGGCCGCGGCUGCUGAGGACCUACGCGGGGCUGAGGGGGCGAGCGAGCCGCGGCGGAGGAAGAGGAGGAGCGGGAGGCAAGGCCGGGCUGAGGCUCCUGCCGCGGGCGGCGCCCUGGAUCUCGCCCCCGGCCGACCCCAAGCGCCUCUUCAGCACCAGCUCCUCCGGGGGGGGCUCCUGCUCCUCGCCCUCCUUGGCCCCCUCCCUCGACGACGACGACGACCCGGAUUUCCGCCCGCCCGCCAAGGCCCCCAAGGCCCGGAAGCCUCCCGCCAAAAAGGGGGGGAAGAAGAAGAAGAAGCAGAGGAAGAAGAGCCAGGGGCCCCCCAAGGAGAACCGGCCUCCCCCCAAAGGGAGCCAGGGCGGCGGCCCCUUCGUGCCCCCCACCCCCCUCCGCAGGAACGUCACCUGUCGCCGGCGCGAGAAGGGCCCCCCACCUGGCCCCAGGGGCCCCACGGGCCUGCGGGAGGCUCCUCUGCUCUGUAGCACGCCUGAAUUGCCCCUCCUCACCCCAGCGAGGGUCAGGAGGCCUUGGACCCUCCAGGAGGAGGAAGAGGACGAGAAGAAGCCCCACAGCCCCGUCUCCCACUCUCCGGAUUGUUGCCGCCGCUACAGCCCCCCGUGGGAGGUGUUCCGAGAAGGCAGCCGGCAGUCCCACCAUGGGGUCCUCGUGGGGCUGAGCCUGCUGAAGUUGGAGACGGAGGCGCUGGAGAUGGGGGACUCUUUGGACGUCUUCAGCCUGGAGGAGGAGGAAGCCGGGCGACGUCCCCGGGAGUUGCCGCAGGACGGUUCCUCGGCGGGCCCUGCGCGUCAGGAAUGCUUCGGGGGGACGACCGGCUGUGCCUUCCAAAGCACGUUGCAGGGUUGCCAGCCUCCGAGGGAGACGGAAGCCUCUCCGGUCCAACGAGAGCAAGGGUCCGAUCAGGACGGUGCUCCGGCGUCGUCGCUCUUGACCGAAGCCAGCCCCGUGGCCCAUACUUCCGUUCGCGGCGUUUUCCAAGUUCAAGCCCGAAUCCAGGAUGGUAAAAUUGCUCUCUCCCCGCGAAAAGGGACCGUUUUUCUUGUGCGGGAGCCAGAGCUGAGCUUGGCUCAGGUCGUUGGUGCUCCCGAGGAGAGGGCCGACGAGCUUGGUAGGCCUUCGGAAGGAGUGAGCAUCUGCAGUGUUGUUUCAGACAGCCCCCAGUUCCAGCCAGUGGUGGUUCUGGAUGACCAGGUGGUUUUGAGCUGGUUGGCUAAUCGGUCCGCCGGAAAGCAAAAGGCUUCCCGUUCCUGGAAGGGAAAGAAGCUUUUCCAGACUCCCCAUGUCCUGACUAAAACCUCUACUUCCAGGAAUAACCACCGAGUGGCCCCCAGUUGUAAUCCUGGAGGUACUGGCCGAAAAGCAUGCAUUAGCGGCUUCAGUGCUAAACGUUGGGGGUGCCAGAAAGUGGAUCGAACGGCACCCCAGAAGAACACGGGCUGGAAGCAGCAGCAGGUGGAUUCUUUCCUCCUGCAGGAGCGGCUGAAGUGGAAUGAGGUCGAAGACCAUCUUUCCGUCUCUUUCCUACCUUUGGACUCCUCCCUCAAGAAUUCCAGCUUGUGGCGGAGAAUCCGGGCCUCUUUUUCCCUCCACAAGAAGAAAAAAAUCCUCUCGGAAGCCGAAAGCUUGAACGGCAGCGCCGCCAGCAUUUACUCGAUCCAAUCUCCUCUCCCCAAGGCUUGCGAUACCCCUUUCACUCAAAAGCUGGGCUACUCCAUCUGUCCAUCUUCCUCCAUGGUGUUGCUGUCGUCCAUGACGUCCCUCUCCAUGUCAGAGAUGACCUUGACGGACGCUGAAAAGGUCUACCGAGAGUGCCAGCAGAAGGGGCCCGUCUCCUUUGAGGAGUGGGUUUCCCAAGAGAAGAUGCCCAAGUGUGAAAAAAUCGGGGAGGGAGUGUUUGGGGAGGUUUUCAAGACCGAGACUGAAAGAGGGACCGUGGCUUUGAAAAUAAUCCCAAUCGAAGGGAGCGAGCGAGUCAACGGCGAACCGCAGAAGACCUUCACCGAAAUCUUGCCGGAGAUCAUUAUUUCCAAAGAACUGAGUCUCCUCGCCGAUGAGGUGACUAACCGAACGUCGGGCUUUAUCCGGUUGUAUUCCAUUCAUUGCGUCCGAGGCACUUACCCCGAGCAUUUCUUGAACGCCUGGGACGAAUACCACCGGCUGAGGCAGUCCGAAAACAACCGGCCAGAUUUCUUCAGCGAAGAGCAGCUGUUCAUGGUCCUGGAAUUUGAGUUUGGAGGCACGGAUCUGGAGAACAUGAGGAGUCGGCAGCUGAGUUCGGUGGCUUCGGCAAAGAGCAUCCUACACCAGGUCACGGCUUCGCUGGCCGUGGCGGAGGAAGCCCUCCGCUUUGAACACCGAGACUUACACUGGGGCAAUGUGCUGGUGAGGAAAACCAGCUUGAAAGAGGUGGCCGUUACCUUGAACGGGGAAGUCCACGUCCUUCCCACUCAAGGCAUUCUGGUGAACAUCAUAGACUAUACCUUUUCCAGGCUGGAGAGGGACGGUCUAACAGUGUUUUGCGACCUUUCCACCGACGACGAAGUAUUCCAAGGGGGAGGGGAUUACCAGUUUGACAUUUAUAGGCAGAUGAGAGAAGAGAAUGCAAACAACUGGGCCGAUUAUUUCCCCCACAGCAAUAUUCUGUGGCUUCACUACUUGGCAAACAAGCUUUUAAGCGAGGUGUCUUACAAGCACAAGCCGACCACUUCCUCCCUGAAGCAAUUGGAGAAACAACUUCGCUUGUUCUCCGCCAAUGUUCUGAAUUUCAAGUCUGCCACCGAGCUUCUUAAGCUGGGGACUUUCUUCCGGUGAAUAAACUUGAACUCGGACCGAGGGAGAGUUUUUUUUUUUUAGACCUUCUCGGACGCUUUAGAAAAAAAAAAAACACACAACGGUACCCCAAGUUUUCAAACCACAGUUUAGGAUAUUGACUUGCUCGGCUGUGUUGCUUUGCGUUCCGUUUAAAUAGAGGGAAACACCCACCCCCUCCCCAACCAUCAUUUCUUACUCCCAAAAUUUUAAUUCAUCUUAAUUUUUUUUUAAUAUUUUUUUUUCCUAAUUAUCGUGGCUUACUUUAAAACGAAGCACAAUCUUUUGUAACGAAACUUCAGAAAAUUAUGCCAGCUUUACUGUUGCAGUAUUAAAUCUGACGAACGCUUUUUAUAUUAAUAAACAUUUCUAUGUUGCCCAA